AACACGCGACGCCAUCUUAGUAAUAGACGUAAAUUCGUUCGGUGCGACUUUUUUCCCUGAAAAAUUCCGCUAAAAUGUGUGUUUCUCAUCUCCAGUGCAAUUAAUCUGUGCUCAGGAUUCCGCACGUUCUCAUCGCUUGAAGAGACUCUCUAAGCGCAGCCAUGUGGCUGAGGAGCGAGCGUCGCGAGCUGCGUCUGCGGCGAGCGUGCACAUCCAGUCGCAAUGGCACGCCGAAGCUCCACAGCGCGCGGCGCCCCAAGAGCUUCCGGCAGAAGAGAUGCCGUCGCGUGACGGCGCGCGCGAUCAAGUGCAAUAGCGGCGAGAAGGCGCGCGUGAGACGCGGCAGGAAGUCGAUGGCGUGCUCCAGGAAGCUGUCUGAGGAGUGCAAGGAGAAUUGCUGGCAGGAUUCGGAGGUGACGCUGUUCGAGGCGAAGCUGGAGCGAUGCGACGGCGCGGAGAUGCCAGAGAGUGAGGUGGACAUCGGAUCGCCGGGCGAUGCGCUGAAUCGCUUCCAGCCGAUCGUCUUGCCGAGUGAGGAUGACAAGGAGAAUGCCAAUGUGGGCUCCAGCGGUGGGAUUUCCUCCACGUCGUGCAUCGUUUGCGGGCCGGAAGGUGAGGAGGAAGAGGAGGAGGAGCCCACGCAAUCCGCCAAUCCGCCGUUCAGCUUCGCGGGCGCCGUGAGUCAGAUGGUAAAGUGCAUCAGCGAGUGCGACAGCACGACGGAUUACGAGCAGAAUCUCGACGUGUUGCCCACAUCGUCGACUUCUGUGUCUUCGUCGCCGUCGCACAGCUCCUCGUCGUCCUCACAGGGCGCGCUGCUGUCUGGGAAUCUGGACACAGUCGUGCCUGAGGUGGAUUCCACGACAGAUCUCAUGCCGGAGUGCGACUCUGGCUUGGCGGUGCGCAAGGGCAGGGACCUGCCCAAACUGACACUUCCCAUGACAUCGUUUGCCACGACCUUCGCCACGACAGACUUCAGCAAGCAAUUCCCUGCGACUUCCAUGGCGCCCGGCCUGCAGCCGCCGAUGUAUCACACGACAACGCCCGACUGGCUGUCGCUGUUCGACGAGGAGAUGAGCAAGAUCACUCCUGACUUCACCCAGUACACGGACUUUCUGCCCUACAACACGCUGCUCACGCAGGCGCUGCUCAGCUGCAGCACAGACGCCGGCCUCGGGUGUCCGGGGCCUCUGAUGGGUGUGGAUGGCGCCGCGACGUCCUCGUGCUUCCCAGUGGCGGGCGGAAUGGACACCAGCGCGAUGUCCGAUGCCAUCUUCAUGCAGUCAAUGAGUCAAAGUGCCAUGGACAACCUCAAGGCGCUGUCCAAUCUGCAGACGCACACGAACUUCCUGUCCAGCAUCACGCUGCCGCGCCCAAUGGACGCGGACGCGCUCAUCCAGAGCGCCCCCGAGCCGCCGCCUGAUGAGCCACUGCAGCUGGAGACGGACGAGUGCAUGGAGAUCGAGGAUGUGCCUGAUCAUCGUCAUGAGAACCUCACGUGGACCACUUUCGAUCCGUACGUCUUCAUCAAGCAACUGCCGCCGCUCACUGGUGACAUGCGCGCCAAGUGUCCGGCGUUGCCGCUGAAGACGCGCUCGAGUCCGGAGUUCAGUUUGGUGCUGGAUCUGGACGAGACGCUGGUGCACUGCAGCCUGCAAGAGCUGUCGGAUGCCAGCUUCAAGUUCCCGGUGCUGUUUCAGGACUGCAAGUACACCGUCUUCGUGCGCACGAGACCGUUCUUCCGUGAGUUCCUCGAGAGGGUGUCGAAGAUCUUCGAGGUGAUCCUCUUCACGGCCUCCAAGCGAGUGUACGCGGACAAGCUGCUGAAUCUGCUGGAUCCCGAGAGGAAGUGGAUCAAGUAUCGACUGUUCAGGGAGCACUGCGUCCUCGUGAAUGGGAAUUACAUUAAGGAUCUCACCAUCCUCGGGAGAGACUUAUCCAAGACCAUUAUCAUCGAUAACUCUCCGCAGGCGUUUGGGUAUCAACUGGAGAAUGGAAUUCCCAUUGAGAGCUGGUUUAUGGACCAAAGCGAUAAUGAAUUGAUGAAGAUUCUUCCAUUUCUGGAGCAUCUUGCUGCUUUAAGAGAAGAUGUUCGUCCUCACAUCCGUGACAGAUAUCGACUGUUCUCGUAUCUUCCGCCAGAUUGAGUUCGACUAGUUCCUCAACACCUUAGCUAUAUGUGCACUUCCUAGGCGUUUAUCCGUAAGUUUACAGCACAAUUCUUUAGUGGAUCAGAGGACAUUUCUCUGCCCACUAAAAGAAACCGUUGAUUUCUCGCCUGCACGAGUGUGUUCUUCCCAAGAUUUAGAGAGAUGAAAUGUCAAUUUUUUCCCGUGAUUCCAUUGAUCGGCGCACAAAAGGGCGACUUUUUUUCUUCUAUUUCUUUGAAUUGCAAUAAUGGUUGUAUGAAAAAUUAAUUUUUUUUUGUGAAGAUACUUUUAGAACAGCGGAAGAGCAAUUUUGGUGAAGAUUUUGUGCUUGUUAAAAGUGAAUUUUUUUUUUGAAAAAUUAUUGCCAGAGACUUCUCGUUUUUUUUUUUACAUAAAAGCGCAAUCACAGAAAAGUGUGAUCUUAAGUUUAAGUUUGUUGGUUAUUUGUAUACUUUUUUGAAAAAUCAUCCCAUUUUAAUUAUAUAUAUAUAUAGAUUUUGAAUUGAAGAAAUUUUUGAAAACACCCACAGAGAAUCUGGUUUCAUAUAGAAGAAAAGAGAAGUUUAUAGAAAAGUAAGGUGAAAUAUUUGGAUGUAAAUGUAUAUAUAUAUAUAUGGAGUAGUAAAUGUUGAUUGGAAAGUGAGGAGAAAAAAGUUUAUCAGACUAUUUUCCGGAUUUUAAUCUUAUUUAGGUUGUGUAAUCUUUUUACGUAAAGAUUUUUUCUUCUUCUUAAUUUCUAAAUGUGUUAAAAUAUACGUAAAGAAUAAUGUUGUAUUUCGCGAGAGAGAGAGAGAGAGAGAGAGAGAGGAGACAGUAAAAGGAAAUAGUCAGGAGUAAAAUGGUUAAAAAGUAAAUAUCAAUAUAGAGUAAAUAAGUUGAUAUUAGAUUCAAUAUCAAUUUCACACACACACACAAACAGAGAAAAAACACUGGGCUUGUGGCAAUUGAUAAGGAGUAGAGGAAGAGAGAAGAGGUGAAAAAAGGAGUUUUAGUAAUAUUAGUGAUGUCAAUGUUGAUAGAAUUUUGGUCAGAAGUAUAGUUUUUUUUUAAUUAUUUAAUAAUCUACUUUGAAGAGUGAUUUCUAUGAGAUUGAUUUUCUUUGCGUUAUAGAUUUGAAGACAACGUUUAUUUUAUGAUAUCUUAUCAUUUCAAUUUUGAAGUCAUUCAGUAAGUUUUUUUCAGUGAAACAUUUUUUUUUAAUGAUGAAAAUCACCCCAUUUUUUUCUAUAAAGACUUGUUGAUGAAGUUGAAGUGAAGAAAUAUUAGACAUUAAUGCACUGCAUUUAAUAACCACUUGAAGAAAGUGAGGAAGAGCGAGGGAGAGAGAGAAAGUAUAGAAUAAAAAAACUAAGUAAAGAAAGGAAUAAUAAGAGAUUUAUUAAGAGACCACAUUUGUUACUGAAUUGAAUUGAGAAAUAAUAAUAAAAAAAAAUAUGGGGAAAAAAUACACAAAAUAAAAUACAGGAAUUUUUGGGAGAUCUUUAAAAAGAAAGAAAGAAAUAUUAAGAAAACAACAACAAAUAAUAAAGUAAUGUAAGAAGUGUAAUUGUGUAGUGAAUGUUGCACUAAAAGGAAAAAGCGCGACGUUGGGAAAUCGAUUAAUUUUUGUUUAAUUGUGAUUCUUAUUAAUUCUGCCAUAUUGUAGUUAGUAUGUUUAGAGCUAAUCGAGUACUGAAUCUAUUUAGUCUCUCCCGGUAAAGUGAGUGUUUUCUGAAUGAUAUACAUUUGUAUACAGAGAGUCGUAGUUCUGUACAUAUAAGAAUUCCGUUAACGAAAUUCACCUUCUCUUUGGUCACUUUGAAAAAGGAAAAAAAGAAAGAAAACAUAGCGAUGAACUUUGUAUUAAAUGUAGUUAGCAAAUUUUUAACAUCGCAUCUAAAGUGUUAUUAGAGUAUUUCUUGUGAAUUGAGAACGAAUUCACAUUCAUGUUAUAUACACACACGGAUUCUUAUAUUAUAGAGAGAUCAUCAAAUUUGAGAAUUGGGACAAAAUAUAACACAUGAAACAAUUGGCUAAAAAAAAUAAUUAUCCAUCUUACGAUAGAUAAGAAAGUUAACAAUAUCAUAUUUUUUAUAAAGAAAAAAAAUAUGGUGCUAAACUUUGCAUUAAAAGAAGAGGUGAAGAAAGGUGGAGAAAGAGAGAAAAAGAGAGAGAAUGAUGAUGAUUCUCAUAUCGAAGGAAGAAAAAAAAAACUAUUCUCAAAAAGAAGGUAUAAAAAAAGAAAAGAUGAUGGAAAAUGUAGUGGUGAGAAUUUAUUGAAUGUUAAACAUUUGUCUUAAGAUAUUUUCCCUAUCGAUACUUUUGUUGCCUUUCUUUUGUUGAAAAAAUCAAAAAAAUAAGGAAUGGAAGAUUAAAUGAAAUCGGGGUUUUUUUCGAUUCGUAAAAUGAAAAUCAAAGUCAAAAUUUAUUCCUAAGGUUAUUUAGAUAUAUAUAUAUAGAGCAAUUUUGAGAGAAAGAAUGUCGGAAAUCGAAUUAAGUGAAAUUGUUCCUGAAAAUUUUUUUCCAAAAUUAUACGUACUAAAUUUAUCCAUGUUUUCAUUUUCUCCCUUUUUGAAAUAAUUAUAGAGAAUUUUCAAAGCAAGUUAUAAAAAUACAGAAGAAAAGAGAAAAGGUAAAAAUAAUGUAAUAGAAUAUCUCUUAGAAUUAUUCCCUAAUUAUAGUAAAGAAUAUCUCUUUAAAUAAAAAAAACACUUAUGAAAUAAUCCAUAUAACACAGUUGUAAUCGUAAAACACUUUGCAGAUAAAUAAACGUAUUCAAACCGAAA